ACAAUUACACAUUUUUAGUUCUGUUUUUUAUAAAGGAAGUAACGAUAAUGAUAAUGAAUGGCCUUCUGAAAGGAACAUUUUUUUUUAAAAUGACUGCGAUUAACAUGAUUAUCAUUCUUAUAUGCUGGGAUGCUUUCAUUAAGAAAUGUCCAUUUGUAUGCUCGGAAUGUGAUGGGAUCUACAGCUUCAAGCCGUGCUGCGUUGGGGAAAAGUGGGACGAAUCUCUUCAACGAUGUGCGAAGUGCCCUCGGGGUUGGUACGGAGAAAACUGCAGUCUAGAAUGUGACAUUCCAUAUUAUGGAUAUCGUUGUUCUACAGGAAAAUGUUCUUGCAAUAGAAUUAGCUGCAAUAUAUCAAGCGCCUGUUCAAACGUGAAAGAUAAGAAGAUCAAAGAAACCAAGCCGAGUGAAAUGUCGAUAACAAGAACAAAGACAACAACAGCAAAAACGACAAGGAAAUCAACAACAAUGACAAAUGCAACAGAGGAACUUGAAAAUACUGCAGAGCUAACGACACUGGAGGGCACUACAAGUUUAUCAAAAACAGAAAAGAAUAUCAUAUCAAACAAAUUGAUACCUAGUUUCGCUAUUUCAUUCCUUGUAUUGGUGUUUGGUCUGCUAUGUUGCUAUAUUCGAGCCAAAAUAUUCUAUUCCUGUAAAUCAAAGGUAGAAGUCGCAGAGAACCGUUUGGAGUAUGGUAAUAACUACAUGGAUACGACAGAAAUGCCUGUAUAUGAGAAUCUUAAUGAUAUUCGUAUUUAUGACAUUCCACAUCAUAAUGAUUGUGACUCUUCAGGUGGUUCUUGGAAAUCGUCAUUACCUCCACAUGAAGGCGACUAUGAUGAUAUUGCAAAUGUGAUGCAUAUGCAAGGUGAAGAUAACAAACAGUGAUCAAUCUCAUAACUCCUAUAAGCAAUACAAAGUAGAUAGUUGGGCAAACACGGACCCCUGGACACACCAGAGGUGGGAUCAGGUGCCUGGGAGGAGUAAGCACCCCCUAUUGACCGGUCACACCCGCCGUGAGCCCUAUAUCCUGAUCAAGUAAACGGAGUUAUCCGCAGUCAAAAUCAGUGUGCCAACAACGGCUUAACAAUCGGUAUGAAACACGUCAGACAGCAUUUAACCCAAUGCAAGGUUGUAUUGACGAGCUAGAUCGUUAUAACGACCAUAGAAUUUACGAAAUGCUGACUUCAAUCGAGACUGCUGAAAUCCCUGUACCAUCAACUUGUUUGUCAGUAACUUACCUCGAUUUAAAAACUGACUAUACGCAGAUAUAGUCAUAUAUGAGAGCAUGUUAUGUGUAUCAUCAAUUUUUUCAACCGAGGCAAGCUUGUGUCAAAUAAGUUAAUGUUACAGGGGUUUCAACUGUCUCGUUUAAAGUCAGCAUUUUGCAAAUUCUAUGGUCGCUAUAAUGAUCAUAUCUACAGGUAUAACUUGUCGCUAGGUUGAAUGGUGUCUGAAAUGUUUCGUACCAAUUGUUAGACCUUUAUUUACGCACUGAUUUUGACUAUGGAUUACUUCGCUUACUUAAUCAAGAUAAAGGGUUUAAGGCUGGUAAUACUGGUUCAAAGGUUUCUAGACACCUGAUCCCACCUCUGGUGUGUCUAGGGGUCCGUGUUUGCCCUACUCCUAUAUUUUUUAUUCUUUAUGAAAUAGAUCACAGUUCGUUAUCUUCACUUUUUCCUUGCAUCCGUUUCAACAUGAAAGCUGAUAUUAUGAUAUUAUGUUUUGUAGUGUAAUUAGAUAUAAUUUUUUACUUUCUGUUAUGAGACGGAAGACGAGAUUUUGUAAAAAAAAAAAAAAUGGGAACGAAAUGUUCAUAUACAUUAAAAUUUCUUAUUUCUAUAGAACCAUGAUUCAGGAGACCAAACACCCAUAUUGUCAGUUUGCAAUGCGGUACAUGCAUGUGUUACUAAUGCCUUUCACAAGACAAAAGUAACAUUCCACGUAGGAUAUCAUUUUUUGAAUAGUAAAGCAAUUCUUGUUUGGAUAUAAAUUGGUAUUCAUGAACACCAUCACUUCAAUAGCAGCAUGUUAUCUCAUUUGAUCGCCAGAGCGUGUAAAGUUUUGGACGAGGCUUCUGGUAGAUUUCAAUGAAACUCGUUUUCUUUUGUUCUUAGUGACCAAUUAUAUUGAACGAAUAGCAUACAUAUCUAGAUUGCUUAUUGAAACGUUAGACAAAUCAUUGAGAGGUAUGACAAAUUCUCGAGUGCUAUUUCCACAUGGUUCUUCAUGCAAACAGACAUGUUGCUUCUGUGCAUGGUAUUUAGGCAUCACAAAUUUAAAUAUGUAUACGUAUCGUGCAACGCAUUGUUUAUAUAGGAUCUUGAAAGUGAGACAAAGAUUUGAUUAUUACAUAUAAUUAGUAACACGUUUUCUUUAUAACCUAAAUUACUGGGUGUCAAAACUUUACUAAUUUUUAUGUUGAAGUAAUGUGAAACGAAAAACAAAUUGAAAUUACGUUAAGUAGAUUCUU